CCGUGUCUCGGUUUGACGUUUCUACGAAUGGAUGCCAAGAAAGAUAGACCUUUAAACAUUUCCAUUGCGGAAAAGAAGGAAUUUGCAAGUGCGUCCCGUAGCAAAAUUGUUUAGAACGGUGGCAGGUGUUUGUGAUGUGAUAAGUGUGUAGCUAAAUCAAUGGUUAUGCUUUUGUGUUCUGAAUUGUGCCAGUUAACUUGACUGGAAGGCGUGUAUGUGCCGUGUUUUUUUAUGUGCAAUCAGCGUUUGAUAUCUGGGCGACGUAUUCAGGCAGCAAGAAAGGUGCAGUGUACAAAACACGGGCAAAUUGCGUUGUACUACCACCACGUCUCGCUGGCGCUGACGGGGUGAAUUUUUCGCGUUGCCAUUCCGAGUGAUGGGGCUUUCCCGUUGAGCAGAAGAAAAGUUACAUUGCAACGAGCAAAGUGCGGGCCAAGUGUGCUGAUAGUGUGUUGCCCCAAAGAAGGUAGCUGCAGUAAAGAAAGUGUGACGCAAUGAAAAUAUCGCUUCUGCUGACUGCUGCUUAACCCUUCCUCGGCGCAGUAUUCAGCCUGAAAUCAUGUUACAACGGGGAAAGCGAAAAGUUUAGACGGUGGUAAACAAGUAAAAUUCUCCCUUUUCCCCAUGCAGUGUAGUGUGUUGUUUUGUUCAAGGAUCAAAUAUAGCGAACGCGAGCGUGUGUAUGUGUCUCUGUGCGAAAGUGGGGGAAGAAAAGUAUUGCAGUCGUACGGUAGCUUAGCGCCUCUCCACGAUCGAUUCGUCCCGUGGAGUCAACGUCAAGCCAUGAAAAGUGACAUGAAUGAGCUAGGUUCGGAAGUACUGGAUAACUGCCCGUAACUGGAGCUCGAAGCCGGAGCUGAAGGAGAGACGAAAAGACAGGCGAGGAAAGGUCUCGAUCUCGAUCAACGCAAUCACACACAAAGCAAUCAUGGGAGCGAAGGAUUCGAAGCCGUCCUGCAUCAGCUACGAGGAGGCCGUCAAACGAGUGACGGACUCAGAGCUACGACGAAUCAAGGAUGCGUUUAAACGAUCGGCUGGCACUAGCGGAUCAGUGCUGAGCAAAUGUGCCUUUAUGCAGGAUGUUCUCGGCGAUGGCGUUCCUUCGGUGGUGGCCGAUUGGCUGUACACGGCAUGUGGCGGUACCGCCAAGGGGAUCGCCUUCAAAGAGCUGCUCUGUGGCCUCGUUCUACUAACGAAAGGAACGCAGGAUGAGAAAAUUAAAUUUCUUUGGACGUUGUACUGCAACGAGUCUGGCACGCAUAUUCUCAAACAGGAGUUCCAAAAAGCCAUACAAAUCGAAACUACCUACCAAAGCAAUGCCACCAAUAGCACCAGCAACACCACCAAUUGUAGCAAUAAUAAUAAUAACAAUCAAUCGGUAGUGAAUAGGAACAAUCAACAGCAACAAUUGCACUGGAACCGGUUUCAGGUGUCACUAUUCGGCCAGAGCGAUCGUGUCACGUUUGAGCAGUUCAAAUCGUGGAUACAGAUGCACCGCGGCGCGACGGCCUUAUCGAAAUGGCUGCUGCAGGAUGCAUGCGUAAACCUCAGUUCCGAGCUAGAGACCCCUACAUUUUACCAGAGUUUGGCCGGAGUUACUCAUCUGGAAGAGCAGGACAUAGGCGACCUGGAAAAGGUGUUCUGGUUGCUGAAGGGUGCCGCCGUCACGGGCCAACUGGACUUGGAAUCACUCGGACCGCUGGUCAGUCCGCCCGUUCCAAAGGCGGCUCUGGGUGGGGUAUUUCUAGCCUUCGACGAGAAUCACGAUGGACACAUUGAUUUCAAAGAGCUGUGCUGUGGGGUGAGCGCCGCCUGUCGAGGGCCCAGCGUAGAACGGAGCAAGUUUUGCUUUAAAGUAUUCGAUAUUGAUCGGGAUGGUGUGCUGAGCUUUGUGGAGAUCAGGCAGAUGAUCGACAUAUUGUUGUCUGUGGCUCGUGAAGCAAAUGCUAGUGUGUAUCGGAAUCUAAAUCAUGAAAGAGUGCUUGCAGAGCUGCACCGACGAGCAACGAAGGGAAUGGGAAGUAAAGAAAACGCUGGCGAACUCGAAAGAGCAUCACUGGAUGGUGUCUGUGCAGCGAAUAUCCCAGAGUUUAAGUUCACCCAAGAGGAUUUCCUGAUAUGGAGCAUCGAAAGCAGUUCGAAUCUGGUCCAACCAUUUCUAGACCUUUUGUUUGAAGUUUGUCACAUAGUGCUGGGAUUGCGUCCCCAGUGUCGCCAUCUAGAAGGGGACAUAGUUCGUGGCUGGUUAUCGCGAGAAGUCCGUCGUGGUUAUAAAGUUGGGCAGUUUUGGUAUUUGAUAUCGUCAGACUGGUGGCAGCAUUGGUCCCAAUACACUCAGCUGUCAUCGCCCAGUUCCUCCUGUGUGCAUUGUAAAACUACAGGAACAAGCUAUGCGAACAAUCGCGCCAAUGCCAGUGCUGGUGGAGUGCACUCUCUAAUGCCCAACGGAGGAGGUGGUACAAGCACCGGAACGGUAGAUGAGGCAAUGAUCUGUGAUGAAAGCUUUACGUCCAACUCGACCGAGAGUAUGGGCGAUUUAUUGGGAACCGGUGAUUCAUCUAGUCUGGGCUCGGGAAGCAGCGGAAUUUCGUACGGCCGGCAUGCGGGCAGUGCACCUGGUCCGAUCGAUAACAGCUGUCUUAUAGCACCUAACGUUUACAAACAAAUACCGACACUUACUGGUGAAGGAGGUCGCUUGAAGCGAGAUCUUACUUUGGUGCAGCACCGCGACUUUGAACUAGUUCCGGAUUCGCUCUGGAAAGCAUUAGCGCAAUGGUACGGUGGUCCGCUGCCCUUGCCAAGACAGGUUAUUCAGCCUCACAGUAUUGGGGACGUCGAAUUGGAACUUUAUCCGCUGAAUUUGAGGAUAUUGCGUCAUCAAAACCAACCAGCACAGCACCACCAACAGCAUGGACAGAUGGCCGGAAGUAGUGCAUGGGCCAGCAUGUCAGGUGGAUAUGGCGCAUUAACGACGGGAAGCUAUCCAACCACUGUAUCUUCGGUACCAGCGGUUUUACAUCCCCCGAAGAAAUACCUCGCUUAUACGGCUGCCUUCAGUCGUUUGGCAACUAUAAAGCAGGUAGCCGAGUUCCUAUGCCAAAGAUUGAAGUUAAAACCGGAAGACAUCCGACUGUGGCAUCUCGUACCGACUCCGACGGGUAUCAGCGAAUUCCCAUACCUGCUGGAGGAAGAUCAGUUGACGCUUCACGAGCUGUCAAUUGGUGAUACUGAUCAGAUUCUUCUAGAGAUCCGCAACAAAGAUCUCACCUGGCCGGAGGAACUUGGUUCGUUGGCUCUUUCGCAGGGUACCGGCAGCACCAGUAUGGAUCGGCGAGGGACAAUUGCUUCGAUCCAAUCGCAACAUCCUCCCGGUGCAACGGGGCUACACAAUCUGGGCAAUACGUGCUUCAUGAAUGCUGCUCUCCAGGUUCUAUUCAACACGCAACCACUUACGCAGUACUUCAUUCAGAAGAAGCACCUGUACGAGCUGAAUACCACGAACAAGAUGGGUACGAAAGGACAACUGGUACUUCGUUACGCCGAACUGUUACGCGAUGUUUGGACGGCUUCGACACGUUCUAUCGCCCCGUUGAAGUUGCGCUUUUGUGUCACGAAACACGCGCCUCAGUUUUCUGGCGGAGGACAGCACGAUUCGCAGGAACUGCUCGAUUGGUUGUUAGAUUCAUUGCAUGAAGAUUUGAACCGCGUGAUGGAGAAACCGUACACGGAAUUGAAAGAUUCGGAUGGACGUUCGGAUGUGAUCGUAGCGACGGAAGCAUGGAGUCAGCAUCACGCUCGCAACCAGAGCAUAAUCGUUGAUUUGUUUUAUGGGCAGCUGAAAUCGAAGGUAACAUGUCAGGGUUGUGGUCGAGAUUCGGUCCGAUUCGAUCCGUUCAGCUUGCUAAGCUUACCACUUCCUGUGGAGAAUUACACAUACUGUGAAGUACUCGUGAUGUUGCUGGACGGCUCCGUACCAGUGAAAUAUGGUCUACGGCUGAAUUCAGAAAUGAAAUACUGGGACCUCAAGAAACAUUUGAGCGAAUUGUGCGGUUUAGAGCCGGAUCAAAUGUUGAUCUGUGAACUAUCGAACUCGCAAAUUCGACUCAUACUGCCUAACGAAAUUCGCGUAAAGCCAAGCACUGCAUGUGAGCUGUACGCAUACGAACUGCCAAAGGUCGACAGUAUGCUCCGAUCUCGCGCAGGCUCUGAGCUGGGUAUUAACAUCGAGAAAGGACUGAAAGAUAUUCAGCGGAAUCAAGACCCGCACCAGCUUACGACAAGCUCGAUCACCACCACGAUCUCGUCCACGUCGUCGUCUGCUUCCUCCUCCUCGACGGCUACGACAGACGACACAACCGCCAUUACCGGUCGUAAACCGGGAUCCUCUACAGGUGGUGGAACUAAACCAUUGACGAACGGAGUUCUCUACAAUGGUAGUGCAGCCGGAGGAGGAGGGGCCGAUGGUGGAAGCAGCAACGGAGCGACGGUGGCUAACCGCAGGACUUCGGCCACGUCGAAGGUAAGCCGGUGCUUUGGCAACACACUCUGCAUGCCCCCGAAUAUGUUGUGCUUCAAGCACAUUCCGGAAAUCAGCACCAGUCCAGACAGUACGUUUGUAUAUGGUGCAGGACAGUACAGCGAGCUGACCGGCUACGGUAGCAACGGGUACGGGAAUAUUAGUAGUGGACUCAGCAAUCAGAAGCAUCACACUCAUGCGUCCGCCACACAGCAGCCAUCGAAAGAUCCCAACCGAUCGAAAACGAUAUCAACGACCAAUUUGUUGAACAACGCCGAUAACGGUUGGAGCAGCGGUAACGGCGUACCGUGUGACUUGUCGAAUGCGCACCAUCUGCAUCAUCCGUACGAAUGUAACGAUUGCGAUAAUAUCUACAUGGGCGAGGACAUACCACCUUACGGCGAUCCGCAGCAGGGCGAUGCGAUAAGUUUAAGUGCAAUUAGUAAGCGACCGCAUGGUUUUGCCGGUGGAACAGCGGGUCUGCGGAAGACCAACUAUCUGAUAGCGGUUCAUCGGAAGCUCAGCCGACAGGAUACGUAUUUCCUGUCGCACCACAAAUCCAAGCCUGGGCUGUUCGGUGUGCCACUGCUGAUUCCUUGCUAUGACGGGGUCACCAACAAAGAGCUGUACUGUUCCGUAUGGUUGCAAGUGGCCCGUUUGCUCAGUCCACUGCCACCAACACCGCCCGACCAAUCGAACCACGCUACCGACUGUGAUGAUAGUCUAGGGUACGAUUUUCCGUUCACGUUGCGCGCAGUAGGAAGCGGCGGUCGUAUGUGUGCCCUGUGCCCGUGGUCACGUUUUUGCCGUGGUUGUGAGAUUCCUUGCAAUGAUGAACCUUUGUUGCAGGGACUGAUUUGUUCGGCGCCCGGUUCAACAAGUAAUAGCUCCACACCAAAUCUAUCUUCUCGCGAACAAACACCGACUUUACGCAGGAAGGGUUAUGCGGCCAGUUCAUCCGGCAGCUCAUCGUUAGAUGGAACUACCAACCAACAGCAGCAACCAUCAUCGAUGGGAGCUUUACCGAUGGCGUCAUCAACGUCACCUGUAGCUUCGCUGCAGAGUUCCAUCAACGCACGAUCUAUCCAGAUUGCCAUAGAUUGGGAUCCAACAGCACUUCACUUACGUUACCAAAGCACACGCGAACGGCUAUGGACCGUACACGAAUCGGUGGCGAUAUGCCGCAAACAGCAAACGGAACCCGUCGAUCUGGACCACUGUCUGCGGGCCUUUACCUCAGAGGAAAAGCUGGAACAAUGGUACCACUGUUCGCAUUGCAAGCAGAAAAAGCCAGCCACAAAAAAGCUGCAGAUCUGGAAAUUACCUCCCAUUUUGAUUGUGCAUCUGAAGCGUUUCAACUACGUCAGUGGCAAAUGGGUAAAGUCGCAGAAGGUAGUCAAUUUCCCGUAUGAAGACUUCGACCCAACACCUUACCUUGCUUCCGUGCCGCAAGAGACGAUACUGCGCCAUCGCGAUUUGCUCGAAGGAUUAUCCGCUGGGCCACGUGGAGAUGGACGUAAUCGAGACUGUCACGAAGAGUUUGUAGAGUUCGAUCGCGAAAUGUCCAUGAUUGAUGAAGCGAGCGAUGAAAUUUCACUGUCCUCACUGCGGAUAAACGGUCUGAGGGAUAGCGAGGUGGGUGGCGAAAGUGACGAUGGCGGUAACAACAACCAUCGGCAAGACGAAUUAGAUGGCAAACCGCGGAGCAGUAUUAUAACGCCGGCCAUCGUCGGUUCCAAUCACGUUGCAAGUCCUCGGCAGUUACCGGACGGUGACGUGCUGGGCGGUAGUAGUUCCUCAGUCGGUAAUGAAAGUCCUGCCACAUCAACGUCUGUGCGCAUAAAGUCGGCAUGUUCGGUUCGCAGUAGUGAUUCUACCCGUCGACAGCGAUUAGUGUCUACGAGUCUUACGAAAACUCCUAUCAUUGAUGGGGAACUGACGGAUUUUCACAAACAUCAUCUGAAGCCCGAUUGUGAUCAGUUCGAGUUGAAGUAUCAGCUUUACGCCGCUGUGUGUCAUUCGGGAAUGCUUAACGGCGGUCAUUACAUCUCCUAUGCGGCCAACCCGAACGGUUCGUGGUACUGCUACAAUGAUAGCUCAUGCCGGGAAAUACCUACAAGGCCAAAGAUCGAUCCCAGCACGGCCUAUCUGCUAUUUUACGAGCGGCGCGAUUUAGAUUAUGGUCCGUAUCUACCAAAGGUUGAUGGAAGGCAAUUGCCCAGCGAGGGCCUUCUUGACAUCGAUGACAGUGAUAAUGAUUUAAAAAAGAUGUGCUCGCUUAUGUAAAAGGAUAUGAUAUUGUGCGCAUUGAUACGAUGAAGGAUUUUCUCUAGCGAGAAAAUGAACAAUCGCCCGACGCCAAGAUAUGUAGGGUAGCUAAAUUGAAACAAUUUAAUUCAAUGUACGCCAUUCUUUCAUCAUGCACACGCAAACUAGUUCCGGACGUAGUUUAGCUUAAAUUGAUAAAAUCAAAGUAUAAUCAAAGAGUUUCACGUCGUAUGCAAUCGAAAUCGGGAUUGUUUUUUGCGAUCCGUGCCUCUAGGGAGUGUACAACAGAAUCACUAGGAAGGUUAGAGCAGUAGCGCCGUGUGUAACAGCAAGACAUGAUGGUGCAUGUGUAUUGGGUAACGGGUUGUUAGAGGUGUGCUUUCGAUAGGAAGGGAUUUGUGUUUGUUCGUCGGUUCAUUGCCGGUGUCGGACGCAUCGUAUUUUAGUUUUUACGCGUUGCUUUUGCAUACAUUGCUAUAAGCUUUACAUUUUUCUACGAAAAAUAUAGCGAUAUAAGCGAUACUAAUGGAUUGCCUGCUUUAAGUUGGCCAAUGCUUCGAAUGCGCGUUAACAACUUUCGAUGCGCUGUUGUGAUGUACUAUUUGCAGAAAGGAUGAUUUUGAAGCGAGCAAGCGAGAUAACAUUCCACAUUCAUAUAGCAUACGGUGAGAGCAUACGGUAGGCCAUUGAAAGCCAUGGGGGAAUGGGAAUUGUGCGUUUAUUGUGCUUAGUUUUUGUUUUGCGCGUGAAGCAAGAUUCAGGAAUUUACUAAUGGUAUAUCGAUAUUGUAAGCAAUAGAUAUUAUGAAAGCAGCGGCAGCCAUUAAAGCUGGUCUGCCUCGUUGCCGCGCGCGAGAUCUGUCCUCGUUUAUGUGUAGAGUGCCUCACACAAACCUCCAACGAGCUGUAUUGUGUCUGGUUGGUUCGUUAUGAUAUGCUUUGGUUUUCGUUUUUACUAUUUCGUUAGUUGUCCCUCUUUAUUGUUCAAAGCCAUUAUACCAAGAUAUUGCAGCAAGGAAGCUGCAGGAAAAAAACUCACGGAUAUGUUGUUACACAUAAGCACGUUCCUUGUUAAACUGUAAUACGAUUGUGCUAGGUUGCACACGCAUGUGUGUGUAAGCUUUGUAAUUGGUCUUCUAUCGUUCAAAUAUCUCGUUACGUUUCACGUGUCAUUCUUUAUAUUGUUUCUCGUUCGCAAUGCAUGUUAUUUAAUAAUGCGGAACGAUUGCGUAUGACUUUGUUCAGCAUCACCAGAGAGAUCAGAACGUUUGAUCAUGGAUCGUGGAAGCAAGCGGACACUACUGGUGUUGGUUUGGGUUGAUCCUCUGUUUAAUUGUUAUUUUUUGUACAUUCAUAGGCUUUUAUUUUGGUAGUUGUUUAAAUAAAGAAGAAUAAUCCAUACAA